AUGACAUAUAAACGAUUCAAAAAGGUAUUAGAAAAUAUACAUUUGAACGACAAUUCGAAGACGCCGCCGAGAGGAGCACCUGGUUAUGAUAAACUGUACAAAGUUCGCCCGCUUCUUGAGAUGCUCGAUAAAGCUUGUCAAAGUUCUGCAAAAACCACAACUUCCCAAUAUAUUGAUGAGUCAAUGAUACAAUUUAAAGGCAUCUCAUCAUUGAACCAAUACAUGCCGCUAAGAGCUAUAAAUAGAGGAUAUAAAGUGUGGACUAGAGCAGACAGCGAAACUGGCUAUGUUCUUGAGUUACAAGUUUACAGAGGGAAACGUGAUGACCAAUCAACAGAAUUCAGAUUAGGAGCCAAUGUUGUCAAAUCUCUUACACAGAAGCUAAUAGAUGAGGGGUUCCGUGGACAUGUGACUUUCGAUAACUUUUUCGCAUCCUAUGAAAUAUUGCAAUAUCUAUUCAAUAAUGGUAUAUACGCCAUAUCUACCGUCAACAGCAAUAGAUCAGACCAACCACUCAUAAUAGAAACGGCGAAAAACAAGAAUUUACCAAGAAACAAAAAAAUAUCUAUGGCAAGAAGCGAUUUUAGAUGGCACAUCAAAAAUAAUGUAGCAUUUGUAAUCGAAUUCUGUGAUCGAUUCUAA